AUGCUACUGGACAGCCCCCUCACCACCUUCACUCAUCGCACUCAGCUGCUACACCUCCCGCUCACAACCCCAACAUCGACUGGUCGCGGGGGAAGAUCAGGAAUUGGAGCACGAAUUGUCACGCGUCCUUCCUUUUGUCUGCUUGAGUCCCCGGUAAUCGUGCUUUACCUGUCCCGCCGCCCAUCCCUACUGAUCUAUUCGGGGUGCCCAAACUUCAGCACUGUCGCCGCCGCCCUCUCACCCGUCUCACUUCCUCCUUGGUCCCCUUUGCCUGGUCUCUGGAAGCCGCUGCAGCCUUCACCCUGCCACUGGAAUGUCCCCAUUCAUGUGCGCCUUGGGUUACCAGCCCCCCCUGUUCCUGUCCCCUCUGUACAGGGACAUCUUAGGUGUUGCCGCAACCGUCAGCUGGCAGACUGCCACCGGGCCCCUGCUCCCACCUACCGGCCAGGGCAGCGAGUCUGGCUCUCCUCCAGUGACCUCCCCCUGCAGACCCCUUCCAAGAAACUCGCCCCCCGGUUCAUCGGCCCCUAUCCCAUUGAGGCCGUCAUUAACACCUCUGCUCUGCGCCUGACCCUCCCGCCUCACCUGAAAGUCCACCCCGUUUUCCACGUCUCCAGAGUCAAACCUGUUGCCACCAGCACCCUCUCUGUAUCAGUGGCAGCGCCUCCCCCGCCGCGGAUGAUAGACGUUCACCCCGCCUACACGGUGCGCCAGCUCCUGGAUGUGCAGCGUAGAGGUCGGGGCUACCUUUACCAGGUGGUCCCUCCAGCCAGAUCCUAGACAAAACCCUCCUGAUGGACUUUUACAUGGCCCAUCCAGAUAAGCCGGGUGGGCCACCUGUGGGCGUCCGUUGAGGGGGGGGGGCUUGUUGUGGGGACAGCCCGACUGACGGUGAGUGUCCUGUUUUUUUCUCGUUUUAUUUCUCCCACUGUUUUGCUCUCCUGUACUCCUGUACUGCGCCUGUGUUCUCCUCCUCUCUCUCUCUCUCCGCUCCUGAGCCCAGCCAACGACCCGCACCUGCACCUUGUCAGCAACCUCCCCAGCCUGCCACACCUGCCAGUAAUCAACCUCAUACCUGCCUGUAUAUCAACCCCGGUUCUCCACACCAUCUUCGCUUGAUUGUCGUUGCUCCCAACCUGGUGCCAACCUCUCUCAAGGUUCACGCACCCUCGUCCUCCGUUCUGUCGGCUGGGCUUGUCCUCCGGUCCUCUCCACUCGGGCUUCCUCCUCGGCGCCCUCCCGGCUCCCCCCUCUCCUCGCCAGCCCUCCUGAUACCACGCCACUCCAAUUCCUGUUGCCAGCAGGUGGCGCUAUGACUGUGGGUGAAUGUUGGCAUGUACAUGUGUUCAGGGCGGGACUCUCAUCCUACAUGUACAGUUUGGUCCAGAUGUGAGCAUGUACA